ACAACCAAAUAAAAUUUCCCAGUGAAGCAUACAUUUCUUAUCAGCAGUUAUAUCCGCUGUAUUUACUGACCACUAUACGUUAAUCAUUUCCUCUAAAGCGGCGUUUCAACGAUGACGUUAGGAAACGUUCUAUUUAUUUCAGUUAUUUUGGGAUUUUGCAAUGCCCAAUUGUCUUUGAGUAAUUGUGACAAAGAAACAUGCGAGGAGUGUAUCCAACAAAUAGACUGUGCCUGGUGCAGUGAGCCCAUUCUAGACCCACAGGCCGAUGACAAAAAAACAGUCGUACACUGCCGGCCGAAAAACGAGACAGCCCUCUGGUGUCCGUCUGAAGCCAUGCUGGAGUCCCCCAAAACGGAUUUCCGCAUCCUCCAAAGCGACCAGUUCUCCAACGACAAAGAAAACCCCACCCAGAUCAUGCCUCAGCGAGUACGACUGGCUCUGAGAAGGGGGCAGAAACACGAGUUGAAGUUCCGGUACAAGAUAGCAGCGAACUACCCUGUAGAUCUGUACUACGUCAUGGAUCUGUCGAAUUCCAUGAAAGCGCACAAGGACAAAUUAGCCCAGUUGGGCAGCAAGUUGGCCAUGACGAUGAGAAAUAUAACCACGAAUUUCCAACUUGGUUUCGGUAGUUUCAUAGACAAAGUGGAAUUGCCUUUCACCAGCACCCGAAAGGAGAGAUUGAGAGCGCCUUGUGACGGAUGCGCUAGCCCUUACAGUUUCAAAAACCAUAUGCCGUUAUCGGUCAAUUACGCGAAAUUUGUGGACCAGGUGAGAUCUUCAAAAGUGUCCGGCAACUUGGACACUCCUGAAGGGGGAUUGGACGCCAUUAUGCAAGCCAUCGUCUGCAAGAAACAAAUAAAAUGGCGACCGCAAGCACGCCAUCUAUUGAUUCUUUCCACCGAUGCCGGUUUUCAUAUAGCGGGUGAUGGCAAAUUAGCCGGCGUCGUAGAACCUAAUAAUGGAAAGUGUCACGCUAAGGAGAGUGACUAUCUUAAAUACGACUAUCCUUCAGUAUCGCACAUCAACCAUGUGGCAAGAGAGAACCACAUCAACAUAAUUUUCGCUAUAGUCAAGAAAACUAAUGACGUCGGCAAAGCUUACAAAGAGUUGUCGAAACAUAUAGAAAACUCGAAUUUCGGAGAACUUAACGAGAAGGAUGACAACAAUGUCAUCAACUUAGUUGUCGAUAACUAUAAUAAAAUAUCGCAGACAGUGAAAUUCACUUCGAACGCAGAUAGUGCAGUGGACGUGAGUUUUUCAUCGAAUUGCAACAAUAUCGACGCUACUUAUCUGUCAGACAGAUGCAAUGACGUACAUGUGGGCGACGUUCUCGAAUUCACUGCCACUAUUCAACCCAGAGAAUGUUUCCCCAACGGGCAGACAAAAAUAUUGUACAUCAGGCCGGAUGCUUUGAAUGAAACUCUACAGGUGGAACUCGAAGUUUUAUGUAACUGUUCUUGUUCUAUGCGAAAUCACAGCACGUUUGUGCCAAAAUCAGAUAAGUGCAGUACAUUUGGAGACAUGAAAUGCGGGAUUUGUGAUUGCUCAGAGGGAAGGUUCGGCAGAGACUGUCAAUGUGACAGCUCGCAAAGCACCUCCGAGGACGUCAGCAACUGUAUCAUGACUGGAUCGACCGAAAUUUGUUCAGGUUCGGGCCAAUGCAGAUGCGGCAAGUGCGAAUGCAACACGAAUCCCGCUAACAAGGAUGAAAAGAUCUACGGAAAAUAUUGCCAGUGCGACAACUACUCAUGCAAGAAGGGCGAGAAUGAUUUGCUGUGCUCAGGCAGGGGCGACUGCGACUGCAGCGUGUGCAAAAACUGCCAAGCAGGCUACACGGGGGACGCCUGUCAGUGCGAGGUGAGCGAGGCGCGAUGCACCGACCCGCAAACUGGCGCCGUGUGCUCCGGCAGGGGGCGCUGCGUGUGCGGCCGGUGCGAGUGCAACAUGGACGAGAACCGGUACUCAGGGCAGUACUGCGAGGACUGCAUCUCUUGUCCCGCCCAGAGAUGUGAAGAGCUCAGACACUGUGUUGAAUGCCAGGCAUACAAAUCAGGGAUCUACAACGGCACACUUUGUGAUGCUCAGUGUACCACCUUCACUACCGAAAUUUUGGAUACUCUCGGCACAGAUGACAAUCAAGAAAUAAAAAAAUGCAGGAUUCCCGACAACGACAGAUGCAUCAUCAACUUCGAGUAUUAUUACGAUCAGGACAAUAAAUUGGUGGUCAGAGCGUCUAGAGAGAAAAUAUGUGCCCCUCCACCAAACGUUUUAGCUUGGAGUACGGGGGUGAUUGGGACCAUCAUUAUAGCAGGACUAAUUCUCCUGUUAGUUUGGAAAAUCUGUACGACUAUCCACGACAGACGGGAGUAUGCGAAGUUCGAAAAUGAACAAAAGAAGCUCAAAUGGAGCACGAAUGGCAACCCCCUGUACAGAGAGGCGACGACGAACUUUGCGAAUCCCGCUUAUCAAAGGUCCAGCGUCAGAAUGUCUGAUACAAAACGAUCUUUGGAGUGAAAAAGCUUUGAUAAAAAAAGUAGUAUUCGAUUUGAAAUGCUAUUGUUAAUUUUGAAAAAUGUGUGUCAAAAUAUCGAAUUUGUCAAAUUUCAACU